UAGCCGUGGGACUCUGUAGCUGGCGGUUGCACCACUCCCGUGUCUGUCGACGUUGGGUCCUCCUCCAGCGUCUUUAAACUGCCUCCGCCGCCGAACAAACGAUAUUUUUCGGACACCUCGUUUACAAACACGCCUCCCUUUAUGUGUGUUUCCGAUGAUAUUUAUCUCUCCGUGGGAGCCUCUGGUACAUGACGCGAAAGCACGAGCGGAGCUGUAUUUUUUUCCUUUUCCUUUUCUUUUUGUAAGAGCCGCUGCUGACCGUGGUGGGCGGAUAAAGGCAAGCCGAGGAGGGCAUCCGGCCCUGGCAGCUCCAGGGAGAGUCCUUCCUGGAGGGACAGGAUUCACCAUUUUCAGGCUGUGAACUGCCCUGCUAUGGAGAAGAUGAAGAGGAUAAAGAAGCGCCUGUCGUUAACUCUCCGGCCCAGUCUGACCAUCGACGAAUCUCUGUCCGAACUGGCCGAGCAGAUGACCAUCGAGGACGGUGGGACGAAGGACAACGAGCCCUUCAUGAGGAAUGGCCGACCCCCCACCUCCCACAGCAUGCACUCCUUCCUGCACCAGUACACCGGCUCCUUCAAGAAGCCGCCGCUCCGCCGGCCGCACAGCGUCAUUGGCGGGAGCCUGGGGUCCUUCAUGGCCAUGCCCCGCAACAACGGCAGCCGCCUGGACAUCGUCCAUGAGAACCUGAAGAUGGGUUCUGAUGGGGAAAGCGACCAGGCUUCAGGAACAUCUUCAGACGAGGUCCAGUCCCCGACGGGCGUCUGUCUGAGGAACAGAGUUCACCGCCGGAUCUCCAUGGAGGACCUGAACAAGCGUCUGUCGCUGCCUGCUGACAUCCGCAUCCCAGACGGCUACCUGGAGAAGCUGCAGCUCAGCAGCCCGCCCUUCGACCAGCCGCUGAGCCGCCGCUCCCGCCGCGCCUCGCUGUCUGAAAUUGGCUUUGGGAAGCUGGAGACGUACAUCAAGCUGGACAAGCUUGGAGAGGGGACGUACGCCACAGUGUUUAAGGGACGCAGUAAGCUGACGGACAACCUGGUGGCGCUGAAGGAGAUCCGCCUGGAGCACGAGGAAGGAGCUCCCUGCACCGCCAUCAGAGAAGUGUCACUUCUAAAAGACUUGAAACACGCCAACAUCGUGACGUUACACGACAUUGUCCACACGGACAAGAGCCUCACGCUCGUCUUUGAGUAUUUGGAUAAGGAUCUGAAGCAGUACAUGGACGACUGUGGAAACAUCAUGAGCAUGCACAACGUGAAGAUCUUCCUGUUCCAGAUCUUACGAGGGCUGUCUUACUGUCACAAGAGGAAAGUUCUCCACAGGGACCUGAAGCCGCAGAACCUCCUAAUCAACGAAAGAGGGGAACUGAAGCUGGCUGAUUUUGGUCUGGCGAGGGCAAAGUCCGUCCCGACCAAGACGUAUUCCAACGAGGUGGUGACUCUCUGGUACCGGCCUCCGGAUGUCCUCCUGGGAUCCUCGGAGUACUCCACACAGAUCGAUAUGUGGGGGGUGGGCUGUAUAUUCUACGAGAUGGCUGCAGGUCGGCCUCUGUUCCCCGGCUCCACCGUGGAGGAUGAGCUCCACCUCAUUUUCAGGCUGCUGGGCACACCCACAGAGGAGAAAUGGCCGGGAAUCUCCACCAUUGAAGAGUUUAAAUCCUACAACUUCCCCAAAUACAAACCGCAGCCGCUGAUCAACCACGCACCCAGGCUGGACAGCGAAGGUAUCGAGCUGCUGUUGGCGUUCCUCAGAUACGAGUCCAAGGCGAGGAUUUCAGCUGAUGAGGCGAUGAAACAUUCCUACUUCAGGCAGCUCGGGAUGAGAGUCCACACACUGCCUGAAAGCGUGUCGAUGUUCACGUUAAAAGAGCUGCAGCUUCAGAGGGACCCCGGCUACAGGAACUCCUCCUACCCCGAGUCAGGUAACGGCAACAUCAACAGAAGGCAGAGCAUGCUUUUCUAAUGUUUCCUGAAGAGGAGGGUCAGCCGGCCAGCUUCAUCUGCACCUCCCAGCAACUCCUCGCAUGAGCCCACCUCCCUGUGGAGCGUCUCUCCUCACUCACUCACCUGGACUCACUCACACGCGUACACACACAUCCUCUGAAUGAGUGAUUUUGAGUCAAAACGCUUGGAGACUGUUUAUUUAUUGGGGUGUGAGGUUAACUUAUUUUGCUGCUAAACUACUACUGUCUACUAUAUAACAUGUCUGUGUGUGUGUGUGUGUUUGUGUGUGUGUGUGUGUACACAUGUGUGUUGGCGCACAUAAUGUGAACUGAGGACACCAUGCACAGUUAAGCAGUCUGUUUAGGUUACUGUUAUUUCUCCUGACUAUAAUUCUUUGGUAUGUGUAGUUUGAAAUUCAACGGAUGUUGAUGUCGACGCUGUGAUGAAGUUAUUGUUUUCAUUGUUGUGCUUACAGAGCGACAGCUGCAGUUUCUUCAAACUUUUUAUGCAUUGUGUAUAUCUAUACAUAUAUAUAUAUUUAUGUGUAUAUAUGUACAUGUAUAUUUGGAGAUUGUUUUUUUCUUUCUUGUUGUUUUGUUUUGUUCUCUUUCCUUCGAGCUUCCGUGACUGAUCUAUACAAGGUUUCUACAUUUCAAAAAGCUGCAGCACAAGACGGUGUUGGCUUUGAGGGGAAUGAGAAAGACUGGUGACGAUGAUGAUGAUGAUGAUGAUGAUGGAUUUUUAUUAUUUUCCCCCAAAUGCAUUUCAGAAGAACCGUGUUUCUCUGAGGGGCCGCUGCCGUCGGGGGUUCCACUGAAAGUCUGAGCAUAGCGCCUGGCAGCUGAGGGCUGAGCGAAGCUAACAGUUUUAGCCGCUGGGUUUCUGCUCACUCUGGUAAAUCUAUAGGACCAAAUCUGACGGAGACAAAAAAUGGAAAUGGGCAUGGGCUGGUGUGAGAUUCGCUAUGAUACCCAAGAUUAAAAAACUAAACAGUAUCCCUGUGUGUUAGGAAAACUUCCUAACAUAAUCUUUCAUUUACGUGGAACAGCAGGAACUAUUACUACAUUUGCUAAAAUAUGACAUAUUGAUGAUUACGGUUAUGUUACUUUAAGAUAUUUUUAUUUUCAUACAAAUAUGGAAUAAAUGGUCAUUAAAUUUAAUAUUGACCACACUCUGCUCUGUGUAGAGAAACAGAAAUCUAAUUACCUGGUUAAUCUGUUCCGGUAGCCUGCAGCCUGCUGCUUUACAGGCCUGCCAGCUGUAAAUUUAAUACAGAAAUGUUUGGUUUCCACACCAUGCUUGUCUGAAAAAUAGUUCCAGUCGAGAAAAUCACAAACAUCCGGAUUCGUUUAAUUGAGUUAAAUGACGCAGCGCUGCAUUAUUCUGCCCGUCAUACACAGGAGAAAGCUCUGGUUGCUCCUUAAUCUGGGUUUUCAUUUAUCACUGGGACAAAAAUGAGCAGUUUUUGAAACCGUAGCUGUUUGAAACCUUGGUGCAGCAACAUACCAGAGACCAGCCCAGGCCUUGUUGGGAAGACGACUGGACAGCAUUGUUGAGUAAUGUGAAAAACCAGAACCCGAGAUAAAAGCUCGGACAAGCCUGCAAACCCUCCGACUGUCGAGAGCCUCGAUGCAACUGUACAUUCAGAAAUUUUACCCUGCACUCCAAGCGUUUGCAUAUUUUUUUUGUUUUGUUUUCAUCAGGGACGUGGGCCUCAACACGGCUGAGUUUACCCAACAGUAUUAAGAUGCGUUCCGUGACUUCUUGGGAAAACGGCAACGGCGUGGAUGCUUUCCCACGUCACGUCGAGCCACAGCAUUUUUACAACACAGAGAUUUCAAAUUAAAACUCAAGACUUUACUGCUGAUGUGUUGUUAGCGACUGACAGUGAUGCUAAAGAUGAUUAAACCCGUUGGCGAGUCUCUCUUUUAAAUACGUUUACUGUAGCAAUAAGAAAAUGUCCCUGAAUAUUUCUUACAUGACAACUGAUGUUCAUUGCAUUCCUGGGGUCAGCUUGGUUUGUUUCUCCCGUGUUGACCAUCAUUAAAUAUCAAACCGCAGCCAUUUUGCUAAGCUUAGAAAAUACAGUUUGCACUAGCUAAUGUAAUGCUAUUGCUUAUAAGGCUAAAAAACUAAACCCUGUUUUUACAUCUACUUUGUGAAAAUUUAUGAAGCAGCAUUAGAUGUGUGGUGAACAAUGUGUCCCUGCUAGGUUGGCUUUGGCAGAUUUCUCUUUUUAUGCUAACUUUAGGCGCUAAAGCUAAACAUAUAUGAUGAGGUAUCCAUUCAAACAAGUUUAGGUCAAUAAACAGUGUCUGUUUAAAUGUUAACAAUCUCUUGUAUAAAGAAGAAUAUAUACUUUUUGACUUAAGAGGUACAUCAUUGGUGUGAAUAACUAUGCAGUUGAAGCUAUAGUUUAGCAUAGCCAGUUAGCUUUAAAUAUGGCUAAAAGAGUUUUGUUGAACACUUGGCAAAAAUGUAAGCGCAGGUUGGUUUUUUUUUUUGUUUGUUAUAAAUACAUAACUGGGAAAAAUUUAAAUAUAACAGCUUCACAAGAUGAACUGCUAAGAAAUCAGAAAAUAUUAAAAGCUUAUUAAAAAUAAAAGACUGGGAGUGCAUUAAACAUCCAAAUAAAACUGAAAGUUGUCGGGGGAUCAGAGGGAAGUUUUCUUGUUGCUCUUUUGUUCGGCGGCCGACUGAAAACGAUUUUGACAGGAAAAGAUUUGUUCAAGUGACACUAGUGUUCUUUGUUUCAGAUUAGGUAGCACAUGCUAGAAGAGUGCUGGAAGCACUGGUAAAGCUUGAUAAACUUGUAUCUGAAAUCAUUAAUGUCAUAAUAUUAACAUCAAACACAGAUUGCAGGUAAUGGUGCAAUGAUCCAGUAAACAAUACAAAUAUUUUUAAUCUAAAUGAUUUGAACAUUCACUAAUUUGAGAUAUUAAAUUGUGUUUACACAAUCAAGUACAUACGUGACGUACUGUAAACAGGAAGUCAUUAUAUUAAUGGUAUAUUUCCUGUAUUACGUUGGCCUGUUCUUUUUAAGUUGGAAAUUGGAACCAUGUACAUCUAGAUUUUCCAUAAUUUGUUUGUUUAUAUUCUACUUUAUCCAAAUUAAGGAUUGUUUCCCUGUGAACUGCAAACUGUGUUUCUGCUAAUAUGACUUUUUUUUGUACAUGAACAGCAGUAACAUGCAUGAAAGGAGAUUUCUAAAACGGCUUAAUAUUUAUCAUUGUAAAACUGUACUUUUUUUUUUUUUCUUUCAGAUGAACAGAUGAUUUAAUUGUAUGUGUUUUAUGUCCGAGUGUGUGUGGAUAUGUGUGUGCCUGAUGCAUGGAAGGCCUGCUGUGUUGUCAACUCAAACUCUGAAACACUGAGCUGCCGGUGAACAGUUGAUGUGUGACUCUUUUUACUGGAACUAUUUAUUUCUCAUAACCAUCAGAAGUAAAAAUUUAAAAAUUUGUUUCAUAAAA